AUGCUCUCCUCCGAUCUGGACUCUGCGGAGGACACGGCGGCCAGUGCUCCCAAUGAUGCUGAGGGAGAGGAGCAGGAGGAGGAGGAGGAGCAGGAGGAGGACUCACCGGCUGAGAGUGAUGUCCUGGAGGAGCAGCGUCCGGUGAACCAGUCUCUGGGUGCUUGUGUCUGCCGGGAGUCCCAUUGGCGCUGCCUGCUGCUCUCUCUGCUCAUGUACAGCUGCCUGGGCGUGGUGGCCUGGUGUCAGCUGACCCAGGUCACCAAAAUCAGCUUCAACACCGCCCUCACCUCAUCCUUCACCGCCUCCUUCACUUCCUCCCUGCGGGGGGCCUCCGGGAUGGGCGUUGGGGGACACUCAAUGAUCUACCACGACAGCCCCUGCUCUGACGGCUACAUCUACAUCCCUCUGGCCUUCCUGCUCAUGCUCUACGUCCUAUACAUGGUGGAGUGCUGGCACUGCAGAGCCAGGAGCGAGCUGCAGAGCAAAGCAGACGUGGACAGCGUGUAUGAGCGCGUGCUGCGGAUGAAACAGGCCCAACCUUGCAUAUGGUGGAAGGCUAUCAGCUACCACUUUGUAAGACGGACCCGGCAGGUCACUCGAUACCGCAACGGGGACGCCUACACCACCACGCAGGUGUACCAUGAGAGAGUGAACACCCAUGUGGCUGAGGGCGAGUUCGACUACAGCCACUGUGGGAUGAAAGAUGUGUCACGUGACCUCAGGGGCUUAGAGGGACAUCCGGCGACUCGGCUGCGCUUCACCAAAUGCUUCAGCUUCACAGAGGCCGGACCAGAAAACGACUACCUCAACCAGAGAGCCAGGUUCUUCUCUGAAAUUGAGGGUUUGGACGACUACAUGGAGGCCAGGGAGGGGAUGCAGCUGAAGAAUGUGGACUUCAGAGAAAACCUGAUAGCCUAUGUGGACCCAGAUAGGAUGCCUUGGUACAGUUCCCAGGUGGCCUUCUGGCUGGCAGCUCUGCUGAUGUUGUCCUGGCCUCUGAGAGUGCUGAUAGAGUACCGCACUGCUUAUGUGCACUACCGCAUAGAGAAACUAUUUGGGUUAGAGUACAGCCACAGCAGCCCCUCUCCUCUAGAUGAAGACAGGCCUUUGGGUAACAACACUGGCUGCGUUAUCCCAAGAGUAGACACACUGGACAGCACCGAGAUGGAGUGGCACAUACGCUGUAACCGUCAGCUGAUCCCCAGCUACUCAGAGGCCAUGCUGAUAAACAUGAGCACAGCAGACUCAAACUCAUUACGAGACACUGACUGCACCUCGUCCUCAAACUGCGUCCUCCUGGACAGCAGCCAGACUGCUCAGAGUUACGGCGCCCUGCAAAGCCAGGAGGACUGCGAGCAAUGCAGGGAGCCAAACGGACGAGGCGAUGCAGGAGGCAGGAGGAGGACCAUCACCAGCUCCAGCUGCUCCUCCAUCUUCUCCUGCCGGGGAGCGCUGCUCCACUCGCACCUCUCCUCGGACACAUCCCGCUUCUCCCUCUGCCGCAUGUACGGCUCCCAUCACACCGUGGCCCUGUGGAGGAGCCGCAGCAGCAACCUGACUGACCCCUGCUGCGUGGACGAGCAGUGCUGCCGGUCGGACUCCAGCCAGCUGGCACUCAGCGACAGUCCACCGACUUAUAGGGACGCUCGGUUCUUUCCCGUGCUGAUUGUGCAUCGGGCUGAGGGGUGUGGGGGUGAAGACGGGAGAGAAGUGAGGCGGUAUUACAUACGGAGAGGGUCGUCCUGUGUGGAGACGGCUCUGUGA